AAAGACAGUGGGACGGAGGUAGUAUAACUUUAUUUAUAUAUAACCACACAACUGCACCAAUGACUCAUUUCCAAAAGGAAUCCAUAAAUCAGGGAGGAUGUGUAAACUAUGCCAAUCACGCUUCCUGCACCAUUUUUAUUCCUUCUUCUAUUCUGUUCCUCUAGGUGUGGAGAAUGUAGAGAUGCUUUCUGGAGAGUGUGAGAUUGGUAGUACUUGUCACCGAAAAUUUCGUCAGAAUUUUCCCAAAAUCUCCAAUUUAGUCAAGAAACCCAAAGAAGAUCAGCUCAAAAUCAGGAGAAGCAUCAUGGAAAAUCAACUCACAUGGAUGGGCAUUAAGCAUUGAUUUGUAGGAAAGAAGUGAAACUUCCUUGUUGUAUUCUUCCUUCAUUGUUCUUGUAUUUUUCCUUAUUUGUUGUUGUAUAAAUACUUCAGCCAUGAGCCAUUGUAAUAUAACCCAGAUUAUUGAAUUAAAAGCCUUUGUUUUACUCUUUGAGUAAUUCUUUAAAAUAGUGUGAUGCUAUUUUAACCAAAUUUCCUAAUGAAAUAUCUCUAAAGUU